GGUUAAAAGGGUGACAAAGGGCUCUGGGCAGGAAGGAGUUAAUUUCUCCUGGGCAGGUUUAGGGCUGGGAGGCAAAUGGUACUGGGAGGAAGAAGCCCCGUUGGACCCUUUGUUCUUGCCCUUGAGUUUUUGAAGUUAUGGGAACAAUAUUUGUGGGAAAAUGGGGGAGGGGGGUAGGGUGGAGCAGGGAGAGGAGGUCUGGGCAGCUUGGGGUCAGGAAAAACACUUCACUCAGCUUGGCCACCCGCAGCCCUAGCACGCCAGCCCCCCACGCCCCUUGAGAAAUGUGUUGUGCCAGCUUCCUUGGACCCUGUGGCAACAUUGCCUGGUGGGGGGUCUGUGGGCUGGGGCUUGUGGGCCGGGGAGGGAACAGCCAGCUGCCAACGCAGGAGGCCAGUGCCCUUUUGCCCAUUGGCCACAGGGGCAGCCCGGUCAGCCCCCUCCACCUCACUGCUUGCUUCCUGUUCUUUACCUCCUUGAUCCAAUCUUGUCCUAGUGGGAGAGAGCGAAGUCCCUGUUUAUGCCCAUGCCAGGUGUUGGCUGGAGGAGGAGGAGGGGCAGGAAGCCAUGAGUAGGGAGGGGGGAACCUGGCCUUUUCCGUUCCCAAGCUCCCAGAUUUCCUCUCUUUCAGGAAGGAGCCUCUUCCUUGCCCCCCCCCUCCGCCUUCCCUGACGCCGCUGCUGCCCCCCUUUCCCAGACGGGGAGCCAGGGUCAGAGGAGCCUAAGUGGAACAGAUUGUACUGGGGGGGAGUAAUGGGUGCCCCCACCAAGCACAGCUUCUGCCCUGUCCAUCUGGCCACACGUGCGCGCGCGCACACACACACACUCCACCAUCCCAGGAUUGAAGAGAAGCCAGCCAGAGUGCAAUGCACAGGCAGCCGAGCUGGCCCGCUUGCAAGCACAGAUGAGGUGGCGAUGAGCUGGGCGGGGGUGAGGCUGGCCUGGGUGACUCAGGGUAGUGGGCAUCGGCGGGAUCUCCAGGUCCCAGGCGGGGGGGGGGGGCGGCUUGGGGAGAAGGGCGGGGCUGCCGUGAGCUGGGCGCUGGCCUCGCGGGUGCUGGAGGGGCACGUAGCCCACCCACUCAGACCUGCCAGCUCCUUAGGCCUGGGGGACCGAGCCCGGGGCAAGUCCUGGCAUUGGGGUCUGGGGGGCCACGCACAUUGGACAAGGUUCCGGAACGAGGACUACACGGUGCACGUGCAGCUGAACGACUACCUGGACAUCCUGUGUCCGCAUUACGAGGAUGACACCGUGGCUGACGCCGCCAGGGAGCGGUACACCCUGUACCUGGUGGAGCGCGAGGAGUACCAGCGGUGCCAGCCCCAGUCCGAGGACCAGGCUCGCUGGCGGUGCACCCAGCCCAGCGCCAGGCACGGCCCCGAGAAGCUGUCGGAGAAAUUCCAGCGCUUCACGCCCUUCACCCUGGGCAAGGAGUUCAGGGAGGGGCACAGCUACUACUAUAUCUCCAAACCCAUCCACCAUCAGGAAGACCAGUGCUUGAGGUUGAAGGUGACUGUCAAUGGCAAAAUCACUCACAGUCCUCAGGCCCAUGCCAACCCACAGGAGAAGAGACUUCCGGCAGAUGACCCAGAGGUACAAGUUCUCCAUAGCAUCGGUCACAGUGCUGCCCCCCGCCUCUUCCCACUUGCCUGGGCUGUGCUGCUCCUGCCAUUCCUGCUGCUGCAGACCCCAUGAAGGGCUGUGUGCCACAUCCAGCCUAAGGACCGGACCGGGGCUGAGGAGGCGGGGCGGGGCAUCCCUCACCUGUCCUGGGAACCAUUCCCACCACAUGCACAAGCUGCCAUUCAGCAGCCUCAAAACGGGUCAGGAUUAAGGGUUUCAACCCAAAGGAGGUCAGCAAGCCUGGCAGUGCCAUCCCUUCCUCCACCCUGAGGGACAAAGAAGUGGGGACAGUCCUUUCCCCGCCAUUCCUGCCCUUAAGCCAAAGAAACAAGCUGUGCAGACGUGGCUUCUUAAGGAGGGCACCGUGGGAGCCAAACUGGCAGGGGCCUGGGGUCAUGCAGAUGGACACUGAGCUUGGCAGAGAUGCCCCUCCCGAGAGAGCCAGGAUGCCUGGAUGAACUGACUGACUGAAAAGCAGGAGACAGUUCCAUGCUUGGGAGCCAGAGACCGGGAGAGGCGGCAUGCUUGGGCUGACCCAGCAUCUCUCCCGAGGCUUCCGGAAGACUUUGAAGCUGCCGUGGAGAGUUUGUAGCCAUGCACCACGUCCUGUCCCAUCUGGGGCAGCACUGCCCAGAGCGGUGCCCGCAGGGGGCUGUGCCACCCUGUGCCUGGAGUGUAGCUGCAAGGGCAGGACCCACGCAUACAGGAUCUGUAUAUAAACUUGAUGUGUGUCUGCUGAUUUCUACAACUGGAGUUUUUUUAUACAAAAAAAUAAAGCGAUGUGUUUAUUUGGA